AUGCCUCCCAAGCGUAUCAGCGGCUCGCGCCGAUCUUACAACCCGAUUACUGGGGCGUACAACGCGUUGUUCGUCUCGGAGAACGCCCCCAUCGUCCGAAGCGUUGCCGCAUUCGGCGUCGCCGUUACCUUCCUUGCCAGCGGCUGGGCCGGCGCUAUUCUC